AUGCGCAAGUGGCACUCGUUUUAUUACGGAUUCUACGAGCCCAUUCCCAAGAUCGCAUACGGCAAGGGUCGGCGUCGUUGCCACGUAUUCACGUGCGCUUCCCCAAGCUGCAAGUGGCAGGGUCGUCGCUACCUCGACAAGAGCGACGCAACCUCAACUGGGAUCCUUCAGAAGCAGGCCAUCCGGUGCUGGGGCCAGGAGGCUGUCGACAGCGCACGCGAGGCCAACAUGACUGCGGAUGAGGUCCGGAAGAUCAUUGUCAGCAAGAGGUUGAGUAGCGACAUCAAGACGUACUUCACCCGCAAGGGGAAAGGCAGCGUCGUCUUCUCGAACCGCUACCUCACGCAGGCAGAGACUCGGUGGGUGGCUGUUCGUACAGGACAACCAAACUUCAAGAUUCCCUCGCCGAGUACUGUGGCUCGUGAUACACAGACUUUGUUCGCACGUAUGCGCGAGCGUAUUGGCAGCCUCUUGAGGGACUACGACAGGCGUAUCAACAUCGCCACGGAUUGCUGGACAUCUCCCAACCAUCGCGCGUUUGCUGCAAUCACAGUUCACUUCCUACACAAUGACGAGCCUAUCAGCAUGCUGCUCGACAUUGUCGAGGUUCCAAAGGUAUGUACGUCUUGCAAGGCAUGGUUAUCUGUGUGCUCACAGUUGGCAUGUCUUGCCACUGCCUCGGCAUUGACACUUGCAGUCCCACACCGGCUUCAACCUCGCACAUGA